AUGGCUCUCUCCAUUCCAUCACAGACAUGCCGGCUCUGGAACCUCAGUAUUGCGAGCGUGCUGGCGCUGACGCUGUCCAACGUGUUCCUGACGGUGCGGUUGCUGCACAGCGGCGACUGCAAUCAGUACGCGAGUGUCGAAGAUGGCGUCUCGAUGGUACCUCGGGCGCCCAUCCUGACACCAGCCACCUGCCUCGAGUACGUGCUGGCCGAAAGCCUCGCGAACAGCACGGAUAAAGCGGUCUUUUCCGGGCUCGAUCUGCGGCUCGGUCGCUGGGACACACGCCGGUUGUACAAGAUCUUCGAUUUUGCCGUCGUUGGUGAGCACUUUCCGGAGCUUUCCGGGCGAUACAGCGUGUGCCUCGCGACCCAAAGCUCGCUCGAAAAGAUCUACUCACUCGUGCAGGUGGCCCACCACUGGUCCGGUCCGAUCUCGACUGCCAUCUUCGCCGCCGGGAACGAUGAGUUGUACCUUUUGCAGCUGUAUCUGUCAUACCUGCGGGCCUGUUUUCGGCCGAUCCGCGAACGCGUCAGCUUUCACCUGGUGUUGCCACGUGAGCGCGCCCCAACGCACCUGAAAAGCGUGCACGUGGGCGACUUUACGCGGUUCGAUUGCGCCAAACCGGAAGCGACGCUCAACGAUCUGCUGAAGCUGCGCAAACCGGACACGGCCAAGUGGCGCAUCAAGAACCCGUACCCGCAGAACCACCUGCGGAAUGUGGCGAGAAAAGGCUGCCAGGGUGGGUACGUUUUUCUCACGGACGUUGAUAUCGUGCCGAGCGUUAGCUUCGCGGAGCAGCUGGAUAAGUUCCUGCGGCGGCAGAAACCGCACCAUCUGACCGCGUUCGUCGUGCCGACGUAUGAGCUCGACGAGCGGGUGCGUUUUCCGCGCAACAAGACUGACCUGAUCCGGCUCGCGAAUAAGGGCCUCGCGAGGCCGUUCCACCACAAGGUGUUUAUCUACAAUCAGUUCGCGACCAACUUUUCUCGCUGGCAGGCGGACGUCUCCGAGAGCGACGAAACGAAGGUGUCCCACAACGUGACGAACUUCGAGUUUCUUUACGAACCGUUUUAUGUCGCCCCCGAUACGGUGCCACCGCACGACGAGCGGUUCCUCGGUUACGGUUACACGCGCAACACCCAGGUGUACGAAAUGUUCGUGGCCGGCUAUCAGUUCCAGGUGCUGACGCCGCUGUUCACCGUGCACUGGGGUCUGCAGAACAAGAAAAGCCGACCGGCGUGGCGCGAGCGGCAGAACAACGUCAAUCGCAAAUACUUCGAGGUGUUCAAGCGCGAGGUGUUCGCACGCUACCACAAGGACCCGCUGCGAAUGCUGCUACCGAAAAAGUCCCAAAAGCAGCAGCAGCAACAGCAGCAGCAGCAGGCGCAACAACAGCAGCACGCCCCGGGUGGUGCGGCCAACCCGGGACAGCAAGUAAAGCAAUAGGGGCCCGCGCUAAGGACAGAGCGCAAAACUGAGCUGCCAAAUGGAACGACGUUGGAUGAUGGGGGGAGAAUAGCAAUGAAGGAAUAAAUAAAAAGUUGAAUUAUACAUUUACAAACCAACAAAAAAAAAGCGC